AUGACCAUGCUUCGGGCCAUCCUCCUUUUCGGAGGGCUUUUCAUGACGAGCGGAGAAGACUCUCCGUGCACGUGGAAUGCGACAGAGACGGAGCCUUGCUACUUGCAGAUCGGGGGCAUCUUUGAGUAUCAUGACGGAUUGUAUGAUGAAGAUGACAAUGUGCUUAACCGGCUUAACCUUCCCGAGUACGAUUGUUCCGGCCACGACCCAAUGCCGUACAUCGAAGCAGUCAACAGGCUGAAUGGUGGGAGAGGUUUCAUGGUACAUUCCAGUGGGCUCGAGGUUGCACAGUCCAGACCUUAUCCAAAGUACUACUACCGGUUGAACUUCACCCGUCGGUCCUUUCGAAAAGGGAAUUGGACGCAUGGUGAUGCUUUAGGACGACAGCUCUUUCCUGGUUGGUCAUUCAUUGUUGGCAUGGGCAGCGGCUGCAGGGAUGAUUUCAUCACAGAGCAAGCAAAGCUUGCCAACCAACUGGGCCGGAUAUGGAUGACAGCUAGGGGCCCAUGGAGUCAAAUCUCUGAGGCCACCCACAAAGCCACGGGUAUACCCCUGAAGUGGGGUUUCAGCUCGCACGUCGAUUCCCGAAAUUAUGCCGCGGGCGCCAUUCGACAGUUUGCCUUGCGCGGCGCGAAGACGGCAGCUGUGAUUUACUUCGCUGGUGAGAACCUCUUUUUCAGUGGAGUCGGUGAGGGAGCCGUGCAGCUGUUGCAAGACAAUGAGAUCACAGUCAAGGAGUUUAAAAUGGAUCAGCUCGGCGCCAUCAGCAGCGCAGAAGAGCAGAGGGUUUGGGAACGUGCAAUUGACGAGGCCAUCGACGAGAAGGUGGAUGUGAUCAUAACAUCAUCGGGCAAAGCUGGUCUCGAGCUCAUCCUUCACAAGCUAGAGUCGCGGCGCCAGGAGCAUGUGCCAAGCGGAAUGUGGUCUGUGAACCUGGUUUGGGGAACAAAGGGCAUCUUUUGCUUGGGCAUGGGGGAGCUUUGCGCUCAUGUCCUUUCAAGCACGCAGCCUGGUGCAUUGUACCAUGUUGCAAGCGAGCUGAAAGACGGGGUGCUGAACCUCACCGCUGGUGAAUUCAGAAAAGCCGAGGAUGAGAAGGACACCGAAAAUGCAGUGGAAAAGAACUACGAAAUGGAUACGGCCGUGUCUGCAUUCAUUCAGGCAGUGCAAGGCGUCUACCGAUUCCGCGAAAUUCAAGAUCCCAGCAACUUGCUGCACUCUGAAGCGGACAGAAGCGUGUACGUCGCAGUUCGAGACUUUAUGCUGUCCGGCGAAAUAUUUGGCGAGACCUUUCAAGGGCCAGCCCGUUUCAGCCCUCUUGGACAGAUCAAUGGGAUGGAGUCGCCCACAACAAGACUUUUCGACAACGCGACAUUAUCUAUCCUCUUACCCACAGAAUACGCGCAAGUUGGGUUUGAAUAUCCGGUUCCCGCAGCACUGCGAUGCCCAGCCAACUUUUACAAGUGGUGGAGCGAUGACGCAGACACCUGGCCUUUGGACCAAGCGGAAUGCUUGCCCUGUCCAGCAAACAGCGAGAGAGUUGACGAGAACGUAUCAUCCUGCAGCUGCAGCAAAGGAUACUAUGCCGAUGGCCUUGGGUGCCAGCCCUGUCCGGAGGGUGCCGUUUGCGACGAGAGGGGCUCUGAGCUUGAGGACUUGAUCCUGAAACCAGGGUACUGGCGCUAUGGGAAUACUACCUCUGAUGUGUACGAGUGCAAGAGCAACGCUUCUUGCCUUGGUGGAGUGCUGUUUGGCGAUGAUAGCUGCAAUUUGGGCCAUGAAGGACCUCGUUGCGAAGUUUGCUCUCAAGGAUUUUACAAGGACUUCAGCAGUUCAGAGUGCCAAGCUUGCCCGGACGUGGCAGCUCAAAUUGGGCUUGCCCAAGUUCUUGCCAUAGUUCUUGCCAUUGCCUUCCUGUGUUUGGUGCCCGUCUUGAUCUUUUUCCGCAAGCACAUCCGCGAGCUCGCAGACCGAACGGUGCAAAAUUGGAAGGCAAAGAAAAAGGAUCUAAAGACCCAGGCGAAGAUCUUCGUCUCUCUCUUGCAAGUACUGAACAUGCUCCCGGGGAUUUUUUCUGACAUCGUCUGGCCGGAGUCUUUCCGAGACUUCGCACAUGGCGUGGGCAUUUUCAACCUUUCGUUGGAGAUCGUCCCGUUGAAUUGCAUUCGGGCCACAACCUUCUACGACCGACUGCUGGUGACCACAUGUCUGCCUAUUGCCCUCGUCCUUGUCUUGGCAGUCACCUGGGUCAUCCACGGCCGUGUUGCUGGGGGUCGGGCCAAGCUGCAGUCCUCCUACUUUGGUGCCUGCCUGCUGUUGACCUACCUUGUGUUUCCCUUUGCGGUCAACACCAUUUUCGCCACGUUCCGUUGUGAAAGCUUCGACUUGGGUAGCGGCCAGACAGGCAGAUUCUUGGCCGUGGAUUUGAGUCUAGACUGUGAUGCCGAAACUUACGGUCACUACCACGCCUUCGCUCUCUUCAUGGUGCUGGUCUAUCCUGUAGGAAUUCCGGCCUGGAUUGCAGCGAGUGUCUGGAGGCACCGGAGCGCGAUCUGCCCCGCUGUCAGCCCGGAGGAGGUUUCGCAAGCGCAGAAAGUCCUCGAAGCUGAGAAGAAAGGCUUGGCAGGAAGUUUGUCCCCCAGUCGGCUCCUAUCCAAGCUUGGAAAGACAGGCGACCUAGAGGGACCUACAGGGCUUUUUUCGCAAGAGGAAGUUCUUUGGGCUCGGAUCGUGAAGCGGGACGACGACCCAGAGGUUGAACACCUCAAGUUCAUCUUUGAGGACUACAGGCCCCACGCCAUGUACUACGAGGUCUUUGAAUGCUUCCGCAAGGUCUUCCUGACUGCCGUUCUGGUCUUCUGUGCCCCAGGAUCCUGGCUACAGAUUGUGGUUGGCAUCUGUUUCUGUCUGAUCAGCUUGAAGGUGUUGUUCUACUUCCAGCCUUACUCAAAUCCGGGCGCGGCAGUCUCCGCAGAGCUGUCCCAGUGGAUUCUGCUGCUCUCGCUUCUCUUGGCCCUGCUACUCUUCACAGCCGAGAACGUCAGCCUCGACGUCGUAGGUCUGGACCCAGUUCUUUUCAGCCAGGCUUCAUCCAUUGUUCUCAUUGUUGGAACAGUGCUCACCAUCAUGGCGGGGAUUGGCCACGUAGUGAUGGAGCUCCAGUUCCGAAAGAGAAGCAAAGAAAGCCGGCAACUUGCAUCGAAGGCUCAAACUGGACCAGAGGCCGAUGUGGUAGUUGGGGAAGAUCUGUUGCAGUGCUGA